AUGAAGUACAGGGUCACUAUGCUGGUUGCAACCUUCGCGGGUUUCGUGAACCUCGCAACCUGCGCGCAUUCCGCCAUUGGCAAUGACUUCCUUGACACAAUAUCUUCCGCUACCUUCGGUCCCACAACGGGUGCGAAAACCAACGAAACACAUGUUUCUGAGGAGACUCCCCAGGCCGAGGGCCACCUCGAGCGAAGGGCGAAUUGGGACAUGUCUCCUAUGGCGACCGACGACCUGUGGUGCAAAGCUCAAGCGAAAGGCGCGUCGAUGUAUGCCAUUUUCUGGAAGUCUGACGUUGCUGCUGGUCGUCUUUACAACCCUCCGCGUCAGUCAGCAAACAGCAUGUUCAGGGCCAACAAUUUCAAUACCAUGCUGUACGAGACCUGGGGUUGGUCAGACGCUGACAACAAGUUCAACGACGCGGUUUUCAACGACUUCUAUGGCGCCGGUUGGAUCCGAGCCAUGCAAGAACGUUCCAUUGGGAUCAUUCCAUGGCAAGACAUAUGGAGUUACCAUUAUACUCAUGGAGCCGCCAACUUGAAGGACGAGAAAGGUCAGCCAUUUCCGAUAAAUGAGCAAACGUACGUGGCCUACAACAAACGUUACCGAGCCACCGGAGCUAGGGCAAAGUUCGGCGUUCAAGAUAAAGCUGGUGCAAUCAUGGUGUCUGUUGCAGUAAGCCCAGCGGAGAGCUUCAAAGCAGUCUAUGGCCGCGAGGCAGGCACCGGUGAGCUACCUAUGCUUCGCAGUUUAAGCGAUCUGCUCUUUGCUGGCUGGCUACGUGGAAGCAAUCCUCAUGCUGGAAAUCCGAAUCCUGCCAACCUCAACUACAUGUUCAUGAUGUGGAUUGUCAAUAGGGAAACGUUGAGCAUCAUGAAGAGGGCUCUGCGUGCUAGGGGAAAAGACAAGUACUCUGUCUGGCCUGGAGACGACUUCUCCACGGCGACAGAAGAAGGACAAGCACUCCUAGGAUCACCGAAUGGGAAGCCGAUGGGGUAUCUCGUCAAUCAGCGUAAGUUAGACAUUGGUGUCAAGUAA